AUGCCACCACCGCCUCCUGCGCCACCACCGCCGCCGAUGCCCCCUUUGGGUGGAUUACCAGCGUCUGCUUCACAACCAGUCCGGAAUGACUUACUUGGUGAAAUCGGUUCAUUUAGUAAAACACACUUAAAAAAAGCAAAAACAAAUGAUCGAAGUGCACCACUAAUCGGUAAUAAAUCGAAUAAUCUGAAUACGAAUAAUUCUCCUGCGAAUGAUCCACCAGCUCGUAUGCCAGGUAGAGCAUUGUCAGCAUUAUCACAGAAUAAUAAUAAUAAUAAUAAUAAUAAUAAUAAUAAUAAUAUUAAUAACCGUAAUGGAAAUACACGUCCAUCAACAGCUGUAUCGAAUUUAACCCCAUCAUUAGCGUCCUCUAAUACACCAUUACCGUCAGGCUUAAAUAUAAAUCCGUCGCAAUUAAAAAUGAAUUUACGUCCAACCGGAACUAUUAACCUUUCGAAACCGAACGUGUCAUCAACCACUAAAGUUUCAGCGUCGCAGGCGUUCGUUCCACACCAAGAACCACCAUUAUCACCAUCAAGUCCACAAGAUUCAAAACAGCUAACAAAUGCUCGACAACAUGAAACCUUUGAAUCAAAUGAAACAAGACAUUUCGUUCAUGCACAUAAUCCUCCUCGAGUGCCUCCCCGUGAGGCACCCCGUGACGCUCCUCCGUUACCACCCGAGAAAACAGUGAGCCAAGCUACAAGUAUUGGAAAUAUAAAUCCGAAACGUGUGCCACCGCCCCCUCCACCUCCACCACCACCACCACCACCUCCAGUUUCAGCCCAAACAACGACAUCAAAAGUAUCCAAUAAUCACAUAGUUCGAUUAAAUCCACAAAAUGUGGAAAAAUUUCAAUCAAUUACCAAUUUGACUGUUACCACCAACCAUCAAAAAAAUAACGCACCACCACCGCCGCCUCCACCAAGGCAAACGAAUGGUACGAUCCGUCGACCACCAUCAGACUUUAUUGAUUCAUCAUCAAGUUUUGCUAUUAAUAACUCUAAUAAUCAUAAUUCUCAAACGAUUCCAUAUGACAUCGAAUUCGAGAGAAAGUAUGAGUGGUCUAAUAUCGACAAUCUUCCACCACCCGAUCGUUAUAAUCCACCACAAAAAUCGAAUAAACAUUUAAAUCCACGUUAA